AUGUCUGAUUUUAUUGCACAAUUGGAACAAGACUUCAAGUUAAAAGUUACUGGUCCUGAAACCUACCUUGGUAUGGAGAUUCAUAGAGCAGAGGGCAGGAUUUCUUUGAGUCAGAAGUCUUACAUCAAGAGUGUACUUGAAAGGUACAGGAUGUCAGAAUGCAAUCCAGUUGGUACGCCUUUAUGCACGAAGUAUGAAGAUACAUUGGAGGAAAACAAGCCUUUGAGUAAAGGAGUUCCCUUCCGAGAAGCUGUGGGCAGUCUGAUGUACAUAACAAAUACAAGACCAGACAUAAGUAGUGCAGUGAAUAUAGUAGCACAAAAGCUGAACAAUCCUACUAUGCAAGCAUGGAGUGAUGUCAAGAGAAUAUUCCGGUAUUUGAAGGGGACAUUGGAUUAUUCCAUUGACUUGAAAUGA